AUGCUGUCAACUCUCUUUGGCCGUGGAGCGGCUACGCUCGCGGUGUACUCCCUGUUGGCCGCGACCGUGUCGGCCGAGGCUUUUGAGAAGCUGUCGGCUGUACCGCAGGGAUGGAGAUACUCGCACCACCCCGCUGCCGACGAACCGCUCCGCCUCCAGAUCGCCCUGGCGCAGGGCGACCCGGAAGGGUUCGAGAAAGUCGCCAUGGACAUGGCGACCCCCGGCCAUGAGAACUACGGGAAACACUUCGACAGUCACGACGAGAUGAAGCGCAUGCUGCUGCCACGCGACGAGUCGGUCAGCGUCGUGCGCGACUGGCUGUCGGCCGCCGGCAUCGACAACGUCCAGCAGGACGCCGACUGGAUCAAGUUCAGCACCAGCGUCAGCAAGGCCAACGCCCUGCUAGACGCCAGCUUCCAAUGGUACGCGAGCGCCACCCGGGACGUGCGCCGCCUGCGCACCCUGCGCUACUCCGUCCCCGAGGCCGUUGCACAGCACGUCAACACCAUCCAGCCGACUACGCGCUUUGGACAGAUCCGCCCCAACCACAGCCAUCUGCGCGCUAAGCCCGCCGAGGUGGACGAGAACUUCCUGGCCCAGAUGAUCGUUGCUCGCAACAUCUCCCACUGCUCGACGGUCAUCACCCCCCAGUGUCUGCAGUCGCUAUACAACAUUGGCGACUACAAGGCCGAUCCCAAGAGCGGUAGCGAGGUCGGCUUCUCCAGCUACCUGGAGGAGUCCGCGCGCUACGACGACCUCGAGAUGUUCCAGGAGAAGCUGCUCCCCGAUGCCGUGGGCCAGAACUUCUCCGUUGUCCUCUUCAACGGCGCCAACAACGACCAGACCUCGAAGAACGACUCCGGCGAGGCCAACCUCGACCUGCAGUACAUCAUGGGCGUUAGCGCCCCGCUGCCGGUCACCGAGUUCAUCACUUCGGGCCGUGGCCCCCUCGUCCCCGAUCUCAGCCAGCCCGACCCCAGCGACAACCAGAACGAGCCGUACCUGGAAUUCCUGCAGGAGGUCCUGAAGCAGAAGAAGGUCCCGCAGGUGAUCUCCACCUCCUACGGCGAGAACGAGCAGACCGUCACCGAGAAAUACGCCCACACAGUCUGCGACCUGUACAAGCAACUCGGCACCCGCGGCGUCUCCGUCAUCUUCUCCUCCGGCGACUCCGGCAUCGGCUCCUCGUGCCAAACCAACGACGGCAAAAACACGACCCACUUCCCGCCCCAAUUCCCCGCCGCCUGCCCCUGGGUGACCUCCGUCGGCGCCACCCACGGCAUGAAGCCCGAAGAAGGCAGCGUCUUCUCCUCCGGCGGUUUCUCCGACCUGUGGAAGCAGCCCGCCUGGCAGAAAGACGCAGUCGACUCCUUCCUCGACACCAUCGGCGACAAGUACAGCAAGUACUUCGACCGCGCCGGCCGCGCGUUCCCCGACGUCGCUGCCCAGGGCGAGGCCUUCGCUGUCUAUGACCAGGGCCGUCUGGCGCAGUUUGACGGUACGAGCGCGUCGUCGCCGGCGUUUGCGGGUAUCAUUGGGUUGCUGAACGAUGCGCGUCUGCGUGCGGGACAGCCUGUGCUGGGUUUCCUGAACCCCUGGCUGUACUCCACUGGUAAGGACGGGUUCACUGAUAUUGUGGACGGGCGGAGCACUGGGUGUGAUGGAAAAGAUCGGUUUGGGGGCCCUCCGAAUGGCAGCCCUGUUAUUCCCGAUGCCGGGUGGGAUGCCAUUAAAGGCUGGGAUCCUGUUACUGGGUUGGGGACGCCGAACUUCGGGAAACUGAAGGAGUUGGCGUUGAAGAAGUAG